AUGUUUGCCACACCUAAUAUUACGGGAGAUGAGAAUCCAGUUUUGGACCUUGUCCUCCUCUCCACAAACUCCCACAUGACUGUGCCCAUGGCAGGAACCCCAACGAUCGCGGACACUGUCCAUUUAGUGAGCAGCGUCUGUCUGCCAGAUAAGCGCACCGUGACCAAGCGUCUUUGCAACGCUCUACCCUCCCCUCUACGCCGCAUCCCCGACGACGAAACCGGCAAACGAUGCAACUUCGUUGUCUUUCAAGGGGACGUCUUCAAUGAAUCCCCCUUCGUCAAAGGCCCCUUACCUCCAAGCCUCCCGAUAUCCUACCCGGACCGGAUGCCCCGCCGGUCACGCUCCUGCCAGUUGAGUACGACGACUACGCCGUUUCCGGGUAUCGCGAGUUCUGCAACCUCCGCGCCGAGGGUGUCAUCUCCGAGGCUGUACGCUUCCAGGUCCCGCUCCCGACGCCACUCAACGUUGUAG